AUGCAGAGUGUAUACCCCAGAUUUACGUUUCUGACUAUUCACGGCCUUGGAGCGGCUAUUACCCGAGCUAUUGAACUUGCAUUGUCCUUGCGUGAAAAGAAUCCUGAUCGGAUAGCAUGGACGAUAACGACUUCUAGUGUGGUCUUGGUAGAUGAUAUUGAACCAGAGGAUGUGGAAGCCGAUAUCUAUUCCGAACCAAGACAAAAUUCGGCGAUACACAUCCGUGUGGUAAAAGUAGGGACGUCGCCCAAGCUUGAGUAG